AUGGAUAUUGAUGAAUCAUAUUUAAGCGGGCAGUACUUAAGUAAAGAUCUAGAGACUGAUGAACUCACUAUUAGGCUGAAAAAUCUGAGUAAAGCUUUGGCGGAGUCUCCACAAAGCCCCACAAGUGUCAAUGGAUUUAAAAAUUUAGCGAACAAACUUAUUGAGAUUUCUGAAAUAGAAUACAGUGAACUUCAGCUAAUAAUAGGUUGCUGUAUAGCUGAUAUUUUAAGAAUUGUUGCACCAAGUCCAAUUUAUAAAGAAAAACAAGUGAAAAAAGCUUUUGAGCUGUUUGAAAGAGUGGCAAAAUUUUUAAAAGACCAUAAUGAGCCCACUUUUGCACAAAUUAUGCAUAUGAUAUCUGUAAUUGGAGAAACAGGGGCAAUGGCAAUUGCAAUAAAAUCAAAAUGCAUAGACAUAGCCAUCAAACUAAUCCAAUCAUUGCUUGAAAAUAUCCCUAAAGAAAUCGGGCAUUCUGAAGAAAUUGCUAUAAGCAUGAUAAUCAUUACAACGUUUGACGAAAUUCACGAUGUAAAAGAAAAUCAAAUAUACCCAGUCAUUUCCUCACUAGCUGACUCUUAUUCUAAAAAGCCAAGAAUGAAGGUAGUCAAAAUGGCUCUGCAAAAUUUACCAUCAGAAAUAAAACAAGCUGUAAAUGAUUAUAUAUAUAAACUGUUUAUUUCAUCAAAAGAAUGCAAAACUGCACAAAUGAUAGGAAGCAAUAAAUUUUCAAUAGCCUACAGACUAUUUAAAAUUAAUUCAGAUUUCAUUUUGACCUUACUAAGCUCUUUAUCAGAGCUUAUGAAUGAUGCAAAAAUUGGAAACAAAGUUAUUGAACUGGUUGGAAAACUAGCAUCAGCCAAAAAAUCAGUCCUCCCUACCUUGCAUUCUCAUUUAUUUAAAGAAUACUUAAAAAAAUUCGAUGAUCAAACUGAAAAUGCUAGAGAAAUCGUUAUAAAUGCAGUCCCAAAAUUUGUAAAAAAUAAUCGAGAUAAACAAGAUUUAAUUGACUUAAUUUUAAAAUGCACAGGAGACCGUCUACGAGAUAAAAGUGACAAAGUCAGAAAGCUAGCCGUAAAAAUUAUUUGUGAAUGCUCUAAAUAUAUAAUUCUGCCUAAAAAAGUAUUGGAAAGAAUAUGUGAACGAAUUAAAGACAAAAAAGAACAAAUCAGAAAUUUAGCAAUAAAAUAUUUAGCUAAUAUAUAUUAUAAUGAAGCAGUUUUUCACUAUGCGUUAAGCCCAUGAAAAGAAAGUGUUUAUUCUAUUAUCCCAAACCAUAUUAUAAAAGCUUAUAAAGAUAUAGGCACUGAAGAAGAUCAAGUUAUUAUUGUUAAUACAAUUGAAGACAUAAUUCUUCCUUUAUCUACACUAAAGGAUAACCAUUUUUUAGCUCUUGUUGGGCUUUAUAAAGAUUUAAGUUUUGAGACUCGGCCUAUAUUCAGCAGCAUUAUUCAGUCAAAGCAAUUUUGAGGAAACAAACUUGCAGUCAUCCUACAUUCCCAAAAUCCAGCAGAAAUUGAAGAAUUAAUUGGAAUUUUUAAUGGACACAUUAAAGAUCCGCUGAGCUCAACCUUAAUAAAAGAAAACAAAAUUCAGCAUAGUUCAGCAUUAAGCAACUUAUUGAAAAAUGAAGAAAUUUCUGACUGUUUUAAAGUCUUAUGUGCUCCAGCUGAUAAUUCAACAAAAUUAAAUGCAAUGGUUAAUUUAAAAAAAUUAGCAGAAAAACAAAGCGAGAGUAUACAAGGGUUAAUCAAUCAAUUAAGAGCAAAAUGUGGAGACACAAUAAUUUGUGCUAAUUAUGUAUAAUAUUUAAUAUAAAAAAGCAAAUUUUUAUGUAAAGUAAAAAUUUAAAAAAAAUUAGGUAAAAAUUCACAAUAAUAUGGAUUAUCUAUGUUGAUAAACAAUGACCCAGACAAUUUGCAGCUUUUAAGAAAUAUCGGCCAAGCCUACGCAGAUAUCGUGAUUCCAUUUAUUCCUCAAAUCCUCGAACUUUUAGACGAAUGUGCUGAUAAAUCUCCACUCCUAGAUUUACUAUGCAGCAUUUUAGGGAAUAUCAGACUCACCCAAAAGCAAAAAAGCGACCUGCAGCUUAUAUUACGCCAAAUGUGUGUAAGAGGCACCGUAGAAGAAGCCAAAGCCGCUAGCAAGCUUGCAGCUACUUCAAUGCCUAACAAUUUUAUUCAGGUCGCUUUGCUUGAUUCUAUAGUCCCUAAGUUACUUGUUACCUCAGAAAACCCAUCAUUGCUUAUCACCCACUUAGCAGCUUUAAGAGAAAUUAUUUUAAAUUGCCCAGACGGAUUUUCUGACUAUAGUAACACCGCUUUAAAAUUCACAAUAAAUGAGCUGCUUGUAAUGCAUUCUCCCUCAGGAAAAGAUGACGAAAUUAUAUCAGAAAUAGCCCAGGCGAAAAUUGAAGGGAUAAGACUUCUGGUAGCAUGGGCUGUACAUGGGAAAUUUGAUGGGCCAGGGGUGAUGAAUGCGCAGGAUAUUUAUAAAAUUUUGAUAAAAUUGUGCUUUAAGCUGGAAAAAUAUAUAAGAAGUUUUAUUGUUAACCCUGGGGAGUUUAAGCUGAAACAUUUGUUUAGCAAAGCUGAAGAAGAUGCGUAUAGGAUACAGGCUUUGAAAGGAAUUUUUUCAGUUAUAAGAAGGAGCGAAAACAAGCAUUUUUUGAAAGCGAAACAUUUGCUGCUGAUUUCUGAGCUGGUUUUUAGUGAAAAUCCUGCGUAUCGUGAUAUGUUGGGAGAUAUAAUGCUGAAAAAUAUAUAUCAAAGGUCCAAGCUUCUUCCACCACUUUUAUCAGUUUUAGGGAUACUUUUGUCUGAUUCUCACAAAUCAAAAAUAUACAGAGAAGCUUUGCUACAAGUAUUUAAAGGUAUGAAAGCAGGAGCUCUUCAGCAGCAAGAUCAAAACAGGCUUUUAAUGUUGCAGCCAGAAAGCUACACCCCUUAUUUCAUUUAUGUGAUCGCUCAGCUGUCACUUGACAGUAAAAUGGCUUUUAAACUUAUAGCUGCUUAUUUAGAAGCUUUAUAUAAAAGUCAUAAAGACAUUGAUACAGAUUAUUUAAUUUAUCUAUUAAAACAGCUGAAAAAAUUCAAACUGGUAGGGACUCAGCCAAAGCAUGAAAUAAAAACUGACAAAAAUUCUAAUAAAAUUGGCCAAGAAUUAGAAGAAAUUUGUGAAACCAUGAUGGAUCAUUUAGUGAAAAACUAUGCGAAUGGAGAAAAUGCAGAGAACGAGCAGAGAAAAAUUCUGAUCCCAAGCACGUAUUUUGUGAAAAGAACAGAAAAUAAAGCUAGACUUUCAAGUCCGAUGGAAGUAGUGAGAAAUGUGGAAUAUGAAGCCACCCCAGCUUCGCUUAAAAGGAAGAGAAAUAACAAUGAUGCUUCUGUGUCAAAAAGAGCUCCAAAAUAA